CACACACACACACACACACACAGGCACAGAUAAGGUGACACACACACACACACACACACACACACACACGCAUACAGACACACUGGAGCAGCUGAGUGUCAGAAGUUUUCUGUCCAUCUCUCAGCUGCACACAUGAAUCAUGGGAAACUCUCCGGCUGCUGCCCGUUAACGUGGCGGAGGAGCGACGCUGCAGAGACGCUUCUGUUUGUGUGCAGCUGCAGUUCUGGAGUCAGAGGGUUUAGUUUUGACUUUUCUGAGUGUUUACAGCAGACUGCGGUUCAUGUUAUCCUCGGUCACCCACUCGCUCCGUCUCGGGGCCUCUGGUUGCCAAGGAAGCAUGCGCUCCAUGGCAACCGUCAUCUCCGGCAACAAGACUUCCAAGUUAGUGAGGGAGAGGCUGAAGAAUGAGGUGGAGAAGAUGAGGAGUCAGUUCUCGGGGUUCAGACCCAGUCUGGUGGUUUUACAGGUGGGAGACAGAGACGACUCCAACCUGUACAUCAGCACCAAACUGAAGGCUGCAGCUGAGAUUGGAAUCGAUGCCAAACACGUGAAGCUGCCGAACACGGCGACGCAGGAGGAGGUCCUGCAUAGCAUCAUGUCUGUCAACGAGAACCUGUCUGUCCACGGUCUGAUCGUCCAGCUCCCUCUGGACUCUGUUAAUCCCAUCAACACUGAACUCAUCACCAACGCCGUGUCCCCAGACAAGGAUGUGGAUGGUCUGAGCUGUAUUAAUGCAGGGAAGCUGUCUCGAGGUGACCUGGGCGACUGUUUCAUCCCCUGCACCCCCAACGGCUGCAUGGAGCUCAUCAGACAGACAGGUGUGUCUGUGGCGGGAAAACACGCGGUCGUGAUCGGUCGCAGUAAAAUCGUCGGAGCUCCGAUGCACGACCUGCUGCUGUGGAACCACGCUACUGUGACCACCUGCCACUCAAAGACCCCGGACCUACCUGAACAGGUGAGCAGGGCUGACAUCCUGGUGGUGGGGGCAGGUCGAGCAGAGAUGGUGAGUGGACAGUGGGUGAAGGACGGAGCUGUGGUCAUCGACUGUGGAAUCAACCACGUACCAGAUGAGACGAAGGCCAGCGGUAAACGGGUGGUCGGAGACGUUCACUACGCCUCAGCCAAACAGAGAGCGGGAUUCAUCACACCUGUUCCAGGGGGGGUGGGGCCAAUGACGGUGGCCAUGCUCAUGGAGAACACGGUGCAGAGCGCUCAGCGUUUCCUCCUGAAGAAUCAGUCCAGGUGGUGAAACACUUCAGCUGAACUGAACCGACGCUACAGGUAAAACAAGAAGAUAGAAACCUGAUGAUAAUAAGAUGCUUAUUGCUGAAACCGGUAACUUCAGAUCCUCCACAUCCUUCACUGUAACACGUGAGCUGCUGUUUUUCUCACAAUCCUGCAACUUCAUUCUCCACAUGCGACACAUUUGUACGUGUAAAAUUAGAACUGAAUCCUCAUAACAUCUCGAGCUUUUUCCUUUAAACCUACGACGCCAAACUGCAGAUGUUUUGUUUUUCCUCACAGUGGCUGGUUUCAAUCUGAUGUUCACAGCGCCACUGUUUUAAAUCUGUACAUCAGUUAAUAAGGGCUCAGCUCGUUCUCUCUGUGCGUGACGAUGAGUUAAUGCGGCACAGUGUCGCCCCCUGCUGCUGAACUCUCACGGUGUGUUUGUUUGUCUACCCGCAGGCAGACAGGUGCGAACAGGUGUGAACGAGUGCGAACAGGUGUGACUCUCCCUCUGUUUUUAUUUGUGUCCUCUUCUGUCUUUUGAAUAAUUCAGUUCUUAAAUCAAUGUUCUCUGUCUCUUACGUUCACCGGGGUCAUUUGAUAUUUCUACCCUCUUAUGUUCCUUCAUUGAAUCAGUUGUGUAAGUCAUGAAAGUCAAGUGGACGUUCACACCCGACAUCUUUACCGUGGACAAAGAUAAACAGCAGGUUUCAUUCAGCCCGUCGGUGCAGAGCCUGGUUUUCAGAGAUUCUGUUUUAACGUUCGUUUUCACUCUGACCACUUUUACAGUGUAAUUCUGUUCCGCCCUCGACCUUUAACCUCCACAGCAGCUCUGUUUGCUGAGGGGUCAGGGGUCGUCGUCAUGGAGACCUACCAGCUGUUUCCUGCUGAGGACUGAUGUCGACGUGAAGGGAUCAAAUAUCUGAUCAGUGAAUUGAUUAUUGAUAGAAAAUGAAUUGAAUCCUGUACAAAUCAUGUGAAUGGUGUCAAGUUUGAUGAUGUGAACGAUCCUCGAGUUUCUUUCACGUCUGAUUGUAUUUCACCUCUUUUAAAUCGCUGUGUAUCUGUUUCCGGCUUCCUCGCCUUGUCUCUGUGCUGCUGUAACGCCAAUUAAAUGAAGCUUGAUCUCAUCUACAAUGUUUAAACAUUUAGGUUUUAUUUAUUUUUCAUUUGUCUCCUCAUUUUGUCUGAAUUCGGAUCUAAAGUGAUUUAAAACUACAAAUAUGCAUCAGAUGAAUCUGUCUUCAGAGUCGCCUGAGUCUGCGACAUCUGAUGGAGCUUUAAAAUACACAGAACGGGCAUGAAACUCCUUCAUGGCCGAUUCCUUUUUCAAAACAAGUUCAGAGUGAUCAGAGUUCCGCACAAAAGUACGUCUGUAUGAGGAUUUACUAAAGGGCUCCUUACUGUUUUUUACAGACACACGCGACCGAGCAGCUGAGGAGGCUGAUUGAACAUUUAAUGAUUCAAACUGAGCGUAUUUAGUUUCUGAAGAACGUGACAGCUCAUGACCGACAAGUCACACGGUAACUUAAAUAUAAAAAUUCAUCAACUCAUUUAAUUAUAAAAGUAAAUAAAAUCAAGUGGUAAACGGCCUCCGAUGAGUUCAAAUGUCUGUAACUUUACUCCGCAGCUGAACUUUUUCCUAAGUUUCCGGUGGGAAUCUGAACUGAACUUGAUAAAUAACGGAACAGACUGUUUAUUUUUAUGCUCAAUAUUAUUUUUAUAUAUAAAAAUAAUGUAACCGUAAUAUUUCACCGGCACAGAGACAAUUAUUCACGUAAAAUCCCAAAAACACACAGGUCACUGUUGUAUUUAGAAAAAUCAGUAAAUCCUAAACUUUCUGUCUCUGCCAGAGACAGCGCUGAUGAUCCACAAUGUUCCUGAUUUGCUAUAAAUGAUGAUCGUUUUUAUCUCAGUUUAACUUCGAAGACUUCUGUCGAUCUGAUUUGUCUUCAAUUUGUCUUCUGCUCUGAUGAUAAUCAAACACAGAUGAUGUCCAGCUGUCAGUCAUCCAGUGAUUGACAGCUGUGUGAUGUAAUCAGAGCCCCUCAGUCAUUAAUUAGGUGAAUUCGUGAGUCGGUGUGACAAUCACUUCGAUUGAUUCCUGAAAUAACUUCACACAGAGAUGCAGCCUGAGGAGUCUGAAUGUUCUGAUUGAAUUUAUUGAUUUCAUUUCUUUAGUGUUCACUCAGAUGUUUAUGAGAAAAUGAAUAACAUUACAGUUUUGUCUGUCAGUGACAUGUUUGAGUUUCUUCUUUUGAUGCUCUGGGACGAAAAUCUUCCUCUUCUUUUUACUGGAUGUUCCUGAAGACGGUGGACGUUGGCAGAUUCACCUUUCAACACCCGCAUUAAAAUAUUUAUUCCCUCCUGUUUCUUUGGCACGUUUGUCUUCGUGAAGAAGAAAAACAGUAGUGACCAAACAUUCAGUCAAUUCAACACUCAAAAACUGACUUGAUUUGAGUUUGAGGAGUUAAUGAAAAGUAGAGGUGAUGACAGAAACCUGCUCAGCUUAAACCAAUGUUGAGUUACAGAUGAGGAACACGUCAUUUUUAUUUGAAAACACGUCGCUGCAGUUUAUACUGAAACAUUCUCCAAAGGUCAAAUCGCGAUCAGAUAAAAUGAGUUAGGGAAAUUUCACUGUUUUUCAUGAGACAUUUUGCCCUGAGCUGUGACUGUCAGGCAGACUUCCCUUUUAGAAUGAAUAUAG